ACUCCGCCCCUCCCCUCCCGUCUUGCCGCUUCUUUGAGCGGAAGUUGGAUCAUUGAAGCGCCAAAAAAGAAUUUAGGGGAACACCUGAUUUUCGCUUGAGGCACGAUUGCGGCGCUGUACGCUACAGAUACUUUCUGGAAGCUGCGGUGGGGAAACUGAGUUUCCCGAGCCGUUGAGAAAGAUGGGAUUCAGCACCGCGCGGGGACCACAGGAAAGCUGCGGCUGAAGAGAACCGCGGACUUGGCAGGAGCCGCCUGAGGAGCUCAGAUCUCGGAGACUCUUAGUCCCGUUGUGCUUCUCUACGGGACGGGGGGAGGGAGAAUCCGGCCGGACAGAUCUGCGCGUAUCCUGGAGCCGGCCCAGUUGUGAACUAGGAGAAGUUUGGGACCUCUGUCCCAAGCAAGAGAGAUGAAUAGAGAGUAUAGAGGCAGAGGAUUUGGACGAGGAAGAUUUCAAAGCUGGAAAAGAGGAAGAGGUGGCGGGAACUUCUCAGGAAAAUGGAGAGAAAGAGGACACAGACCUGAUCUGAGUAAAACCACAGGAAAACAUACUUCUGAACAAACCCCACAGUCUUUGCUUUCAACAAAGACCCCACAGUCAAUGCAGUCAACAUUGGAUCAGCUCAUACCAUAUAAAGGCUGGAAGCUUUAUUUCUCUGAAGUUUACAGCGAUAGCUCUCCUUUGAUUGAGAAGAUUCAAGCAUUUGAAAAAUUUUUCACAAGGCAUAUUUAUUUGUAUGACAAGGAUGAAAUAGAAAGAAAGGGAAGUAUUUUGGUGGAUUUUAAAGAACUGAUAAAAGACGAUGAAGUAACUAACUUGAUACCAGAUACAGCAAAUGAACUAAGAGAUGCACCUGAGAAAACUUUGGCUUGCAUGGGUUUGGCAAUACAUCAGGUAUUAACUAAGGACCUUGAAAGGCAUGCAGCUGAGUUACAAGCCCAGGAAGGAUUGUCUAGUGAUGGGGAAACAAUGGUAAAUGUGCCACAUAUUCAUGCAAGGGUGUACAACUAUGAGCCUUUGACACAGCUCAAGAAUGUCCGAGCAAAUUACUAUGGAAAAUACAUUGCUCUAAGAGGGACAGUGGUUCGUGUCAGUAAUAUAAAGCCUCUUUGCACCAAGAUGGCUUUUCUUUGUGCUGCAUGUGGAGAAGUUCAGAGUUUUCCUCUUCCAGAUGGAAAAUACAGUCUUCCCACAAAGUGUCCUGUGCCUGCAUGUCGAGGCAGGUCAUUUACUGCUCUCCGCAGCUCUCCUCUCACAGUUACAAUGGACUGGCAGUCAAUCAAAAUUCAGGAGUUGAUGUCUGAUGAUCAGAGAGAAGCAGGUCGGAUUCCACGAACAAUAGAAUGUGAGCUUGUUCACGAUCUUGUGGAUAGCUGUGUCCCAGGAGACACAGUGACUGUUACUGGAGUUGUCAAAGUCUCAAAUGCAGAAGAAGGUUCUCGAAAUAAGAAUGACAAGUGUAUGUUCCUUUUGUACAUUGAAGCAAAUUCUAUUAGUAAUAGCAAAGGACAGAAAACAAAGAGUUCUGAGGAUGGGUGUAAGCAUGGAAUGUUGAUGGAGUUCUCACUUAAAGACCUUUAUGCCAUCCAAGAGAUUCAAGCUGAAGAAAACCUGUUUAAACUCAUUGUCAACUCGCUUUGCCCUGUCAUUUUUGGUCAUGAACUUGUUAAAGCAGGUUUGGCAUUAGCACUCUUUGGAGGAAGCCAGAAAUUUGCAGAUGACAAAAACAGAAUUCCAAUUCGAGGAGACCCACACAUCCUUGUUGUUGGAGAUCCAGGCCUAGGAAAAAGUCAGAUGCUACAGGCAGCAUGCAAUGUUGCUCCACGUGGCGUGUAUGUUUGUGGUAACACCACGACCACCUCUGGUCUGACGGUAACUCUUUCAAAAGAUAGUUCCUCUGGAGAUUUUGCUUUGGAAGCUGGUGCCCUGGUACUUGGUGAUCAAGGUAUUUGUGGAAUCGAUGAAUUUGAUAAGAUGGGGAAUCAACAUCAAGCCUUGUUGGAAGCCAUGGAGCAGCAAAGUAUUAGUCUGGCUAAGGCUGGUGUGGUUUGUAGCCUUCCUGCAAGAACUUCCAUUAUUGCUGCUGCAAAUCCAGUUGGAGGACAUUACAAUAAAGCCAAAACAGUUUCUGAGAAUUUAAAAAUGGGGAGUGCACUACUAUCCAGAUUUGAUUUGGUCUUUAUCCUGUUAGAUACUCCAAAUGAGCAUCAUGAUCACUUACUCUCUGAACAUGUGAUUGCAAUAAGAGCUGGAAAGCAGAGAACCAUUAGCAGUGUCACAGUAGCUCGUACGAAUAGUCAAGAUUCAAAUACUUCGGUACUUGAAGUAGUUUCUGAGAAACCAUUAUCAGAAAGACUAAAGGUGGUUCCUGGAGAAACAAUAGAUCCCAUUCCCCACCAGCUAUUGAGAAAGUACAUUGGCUAUGCUCGACAGUAUGUGUACCCAAGGCUAUCCAAAGAAGCUGCUCAAGUUCUUCAAGAUUUUUACCUUGAGCUCCGGAAACAGAGCCAGAGGUUAAAUAGCUCACCAAUCACUACCAGGCAGCUGGAAUCUUUGAUUCGUCUGACAGAGGCACGAGCAAGGUUGGAAUUGAGAGAGGAAGCAACCAAAGAAGAUGCUGAGGAUAUAGUGGAAAUUAUGAAAUACAGCAUGCUAGGAACUUACUCUGAUGAAUUUGGGAACCUAGAUUUUGAGCGAUCCCAGCAUGGUUCUGGAAUGAGCAACAGGUCAACAGCAAAAAGAUUUAUUUCUGCUCUCAACAACAUUGCUGAAAGAACUUAUAAUAAUAUAUUUCAAUUUCAUCAACUUCGGCAGAUUGCCAAAGAACUAAACAUUCAGGUUGCUGAUUUUGAAAACUUUAUUGGAUCACUAAAUGACCAGGGUUACCUCUUGAAAAAAGGCCCAAAAGUUUACCAGCUUCAAACUAUGUAAAAGGACUUCACCAAGUUAGGGCCUUCUGGGUUUAUUAGCAUAUUAAAGCCAUCUCAGUGAAAAUAUGUGUGCGCACAGAGACACACACAUACACACACACACACACACACACUCAAAUACUGUUCUCUGAAAAAUGAUGUCCCAAAAGUAUUAUAAGAAAAAAGCGUUAAAUAUAAUAAACUAAUUUAAGAAGUGAUAAAGUCUCCAGAUGCAGUAGCUCACACUGUAAUCACGGCGAUUCAGGAGGCUGAGGUGAGAGGAUUACUCGAGACCAGGGUUUGAGACCAACCUUGGGCAACAUAGCAAGACCCCAUUUCUU